AUGGAGCAAACGGAACCACCAAGCCAAGACUAUGAUCUCCAGCAACCCAUCGCCUCUACCACCGGGCUGCGCCAAGGGCUCACCUCGUACGGAGACGCCCACUUCUCCCUGUUCCUGCGCAAAGUCUUCAUCAAAGCCCUAGGUUACUCGGAGGAUGCGCUCUCCCGUCCCAUCAUCGGAAUCAUCAAUACUGGCUCGGGCUUCAACCCCUGCCAUGGGAACGUGCCGCAGCUGAUGGAGGCGACCAAGCGAGGCAUCCACCUUGCGGGAGGAAUUGCCAUCGAUUUCCCCACCAUCAGCCUGCACGAGGGUUUCUCCCAUCCGACCAGCAUGUUCCUGCGGAAUCUCAUGAGCAUGGACACCGAGGAGAUGAUCCGUGCUCAGCCUGUGGAUGCUUGCAUUAUGAUUGGAGGCUGCGACAAGACGGUCCCCGCUCAGAUCAUGGGCGGCAUCUCCGCCAACAAGCCCAUCUUGCCCCUGCUCACCGGCCCCAUGAUGCCUGGCAGUCACCGGGGCAAGCGAAUCGGCGCCUGCACCGACUGCCGAAACAACUGGGCCUCGUACCGGGCGGGCACGAUCGACAUGGAGGAGAUCGGAGCGAUCAACGAGGAACUGGCGCCGACAGUCGGCACCUGCGGAGUAAUGGGCACCGCCAGCACGAUGGCCUGCAUCACCGUCGCCCUCGGCCUCACCCCACUCCAGGGAGCCUCCGCGCCCGCCGUCUCAGCCGCCCGCCUGCGCAUCGCCGAGCAGACGGGCGCCAACGCAGUCGCCGCCGCGCAGCACCGCGACCAGCGCACCCCGCAAGCCCUGCUCACCGCAGAAUCCUUCCACAACGCAGCCGUGGUCCUCCAAGCGAUCGGCGGCUCGACGAACGCAAUGGUGCACCUAAUGGCAAUCAUCAACCGCCACCCGGACAUCAGCGGAACCCUCACCCUAGACACAUUGGACGCCAUCGGCCGCACAACCCCGCUGCUGGUGGAUCUCAAACCCAGCGGCGACAACUACAUGACCGACUUCCACAACGCGGGGGGCAUGCUCUGCCUGCUGCACCGACUGCGCCCGCUCCUCAAGACCUCGGCGCGCACCAUCACCGGCGAAACGCUGGGCGAGAUCCUCGACAAGACCCCCUUCCGCGACCACGACUUUUCUCGGAGUAUCAUCCGCACCCUGGAGAACCCGCUGCACCCCAACGCCUCCCUCGUCGUGCUGCACGGCAACAUUGCCCCGGACGGGGCCGUGUGCAAGGCCUCGGCCUCCAAGGACAAGCGCCUCCUGCAACACACGGGCCCCGCCGUCGUCUUCGAGAACCCGCGCGACCUCGCCGCCCGCCUCGACUCCCCGGACCUCGACGUGACCCCGGACUCCGUCCUCGUGCUCAAGGGCAUCGGCCCCAUCGGGAACCCCGGCAUGCCCGAGGCCGGCAUGAUCCCCAUCCCGCGCAAGCUGGCCGCCCGGGGGGUCACGGAUAUGCUGCGUCUCUCGGACGGCCGGAUGUCCGGGACCGCCGGGGGCACGAUCGUCCUGCAUGUAGCGCCGGAGGCGGCGGUGCCUGAUUCGCCGUUCGGGGCGGUGCGCACCGGGGAUCGGAUUACGCUGGAUGUGGAGAAGCGGGUGCUGCGGUUGGAGGUGAGUGAGGAGGAGUUGCGGAGGAGGGCGGAGGAGCGGCGGGUCGCCGUGGUGGAACAAGGGUUGGGGGAGGAGACGUGGAAUGCGCGGCGGGCCAGGCGCGGGUAUCGCGGGCUGUAUGAGCGGGAGGUCAAUCAGGCGCAUGAGGGGGCGGAUUUUCGGUUUUUGACGGCCCGCGGGCCCGGGGAGGUGUAG